AUGACUGCCGGGAUUGCUGCGUCAGCAACAGCUGUAACGCCAUCAGAACGCAUCAAAACAGCAAUGAUAGAUGAUGCACGGCAUGAGAAGCGCUUCAAGUCCGGUUGGCAUGCUACCACCACUAUCUGGAAAGAGAAUGGCAUUUUGGGGCUGUAUCGUGGUUUCAUUGGAAAUACAUUGAAGCAGGCAUCAGCUACCGCUUUCCGUAUGGGGACUUACAACGUUUUGAAAGACUUCGAGAAGAAGAGAGAUAUUAAGCAGUCCACCGCUGUAAACUUCGCAAACGGAUCUGUUGCUGGCGUAGUAACUACUCUUACAACCCAGCCUUUUGACGUCAUCAAAACGCGCAGUCAGAGUGCUAUCGGCACAAGUACCACCGAAGCCGUGAAGAGUGUUAUCCUAGAUUACGGCAUGCGAGGCUUCUGGAAAGGCACGACGAUGAGGUUGGGUCGAACUGUGUUCAGUGGUGGAAUACUGUUUACAAGCUACGAAGCGGCUGUUAAGCUGAUAAUGCCGCUGUACGGUGGACAUGGCAACUUCCUAUACUGA